UGCAAGUGUGGUGGACGUGUACUUAUUGUGUUAUUUGUGGAGAUUGGGGAGUGUUAUUACAAGAUAUACUGGUCUCUGAGAGGAUGCGCAGCUCUGUGUUCGUGGCCGUGCUGGUGCUGGUUGUCCUCGCUGCCCUCCUCACCCAGGGGCAGGAGCUUCAUAUCCCCGAGCGUGAGGCCGUGGCCACCCUGGCGGCACGCAUUCUGAAGGUGGUCCACGCCCCGCAGGACACCGCCACAGGUCUCCCUCUCAAACGCAACUCUGAACUCAUCAACUCGCUGCUUGGCCUCUCUGCGCUCAUGAACGAGGCCGGCAGGCGGUGAUGAUCCCACCCUUCGCACCCUUUCCUGCUGCAGGCUGUGUCUGAGGCGGGCCGCCAGUAGCAGGCCUGUUCAUUCCACCUCACAUGUAAUAAAGAAACUGUAUAGAACAUCAACAACUGAA